AAGCACAGCUCAACAACAGCCCGGAUGUAGCACACUGUCUUCGUAUCAAUAAGGGAUGCACACAGGAGAGCAAUAACAUGGCGCUGACAGUACUAUAACGGAACCGAGAGAAAAAAAGAAAUAAAAGAAAUGUAACGCUUAUAAUCAAAGACAGCAGAGCUGGAGUUUUCCCAUCUUUGAAAACAUUUCUACAGAGUUAUCUGAACAAACAGGGAAUGCAAUUGUGAUUACAUAAAUGACACCAUGCAUCAUUUCUCAGGUUUGCCAGGAUUUUCCAACAUGUUUGGAAAGAAAAAGAAAAAGCUGGAGAUCUCUGCCCCCUCAAACUUCGAACAUCGUGUUCACACAGGCUUUGACCAUCGUGAGCAGAAAUUCACAGGCCUUCCCCAACAAUGGCAAAGUUUACUGGCAGACACGGCAAACAGACCCAAACCCAUGGUGGACCCAUCAUAUAUCACACCCAUUCAACUAGCGCCUAUGAAGAUAUCUCCCAAGAAAGUCCGGUCAGCUGAAACGUCAUUACGAAAAACCAUAGUAAGAGGAAACCGACCUCAGAAAGAUGCCUCCAUCAAUGGCUUGCUGGAAGAGUUUGACAGCAUUUCUGUAACCCGUUCAAACUCUUUACGAAAGGAAAGCCCUCCUGCACCGUACCAGUCAAACUCCAAUCACAUUCAAGAGCACCCUGAAGAAAAUGGCUUCAGUCAUUACUACUCCAGAUACUCCUGCGACCUGGACACAGCUAAAGACUUUCCUUUGGAGCCCUACAGAGAAAAGGGUAGUUUUGAAGAAGACUGGGGAAAACACUACAGAUCAACUAAACAAAAUGGACAUUCUACAAAAACUAGAGGAGCAGAUCCUUUUUAUCCGGAUGCCAUGCCUCAAAAGUCAGACUUUUCUAAAAUGCCUCCAGAUUACCACACUUACAUGGAGACAAAGAUUAAAACAGCGGAUCUUAUUGGGGUGAACCGGGACAAUUAUAGGGGUUCUGCAAGCAGUUAUCCUCAUGAUUACAGGGAGCAACCUCAAGGCACACCCUCAAGGACUUCCAUUCAUAGUGAAAGAAUUGAUUACUCAGAUAGUGACUGGGGAUACGGGCCCCCAAGAGAAGAUUAUGAGAAGAGACCAAAGUCAUCCUAUGUAACCCAUACCAGCCCUCAACUAGCCAUUAGACAGCGGUCCAGGUCAGGAUCUGGCCUGCAGGAACCUAACUUGCCAUGUGGAGCUAGCGCUUUUAAAUCAACACAGCAGGGUCAUUCAUACAGUUCCUACACCUAUCCUCGUCUCUCUGAAACCGUGACUGCCUCAGGUAUUACAAAGGUGGAUUAUGAAAGAGCACAGAGAGAUGUAAGCCCACAGGUGCCUGGUGCAGAAACAUAUCCCAGGGGCCCAACAAAACUACCUCAAAGUCAAACCAAGCCAAGCUACCCAGGUGGUUACCAGUACCCCCCGACAUACCACAAACCAUCUCCAUACCAUCACCCCCCUGCACAGCCCAGUUCUCAGUAUGGGGCUCAAGCUUCUUACUCCCAGCCCUCGUCUCCCUACAUUCCUCCUGGUGCUUACCCUCCGCUGAGCUGGGGUUCCUCCUCGGACCAGCAGCCCUCGAGGGUGUCCCACGAACAGUUCAGGGCGGCACUUCAGCUGGUGGUGAACCCUGGUGACCCCCGGGAAUACCUGGAGAACUUCAUCAAGAUCGGAGAAGGCUCCACUGGCAUUGUGUGCAUCACUACAGAAAAGCACACCGGCAAGCAGGUUGCAGUAAAGAAAAUGGACCUCAGGAAACAACAGAGAAGGGAACUGCUUUUCAACGAGGUAGUUAUAAUGAGAGACUACCAUCAUGAAAAUGUAGUUGACAUGUACAACAGCUACCUUGUGGGGGAUGAGCUAUGGGUCGUCAUGGAGUUUUUGGAAGGUGGUGCUUUGACUGAUAUUGUAACCCAUACAAGGAUGAAUGAAGAACAAAUAGCAACAGUUUGUUUGUCAGUGUUGAAGGCUUUGUCAUAUCUCCAUACUCAAGGUGUUAUUCACCGGGAUAUAAAAAGUGACUCGAUACUUCUCACAAGUGACGGAAGGAUAAAACUCUCAGACUUCGGCUUCUGUGCUCAAGUUUCCAAGGAGGUUCCUAAGAGGAAGUCACUGGUUGGCACUCCUUACUGGAUGGCACCAGAGGUAAUUUCUAGAUUACCAUAUGGAACUGAGGUAGAUAUAUGGUCCCUUGGCAUCAUGGUAAUAGAAAUGGUGGACGGAGAGCCUCCUUAUUUUAAUGAACCCCCACUUCAGGCAAUGAGGAGGAUACGAGACAACUUGCCUCCAAGGUUAAAGGACACCCAUAAGGUUUCAUCUGUCCUGAGAGGGUUUUUAGACUUGAUGUUGGUGAGAGAACCUUCGCAGCGAGCUACUGCACAGGAACUACUGCGCCAUCCAUUACUGAAACUGUCUGGACCUUCUUCCUGCAUUGUGCCCCUGAUGAGGCAGUACAGGCACCGCUGACAAGGAGCAGAAUUUUCAGCUGUGAAAAGUGACUUAAUAGAGUGAAACCCUUAAAAACAGCCAAAGCUUAGCUGCUUAAACACAUUGGCUACAAUCAGAGAGAUAAAUGUUCAUCAGUUUUGCUUUUAUGCAAAAAGCACAUAAUCUAACUACAGUAAGAUUAAGAAGACUGUGCCCUCUUUCGGAAUUGAUAAAAACGGGAUCCAUUGAGGUAGCCGUAUAUUAUAGUAUUUCUAUAUCCAGAGAUGUUAAGGGUUGACUUCUAACACUGAGUGUCUUAGCUGUUGGCUUCUAACACUUUUGGAGGUCCGCUUCUUUUGGAAGUCAAGUAAUCUGCCUUCCAGACAACGCAAGAGCUGAAUUCCAUGAAGCUCCACUGCCCCUGUCACAAUAAUAAAUUACAGCAUAUUCGAGACUCAUCCUCAGAGUCUUACUUAAUGGGAAUUGUAUGGAGGUUUUGUACAUCUAGAAGGACUGGCUUGGUUUUAAAAAAAAAGCACUUUUCUCUUCUAACACUAGCAGUAUGAUAUAUUUAGAUCAACUGUAAUUUUAUGUACAGUUUUUGAUAAUUUGCAGUAUUUUGUUGUGAUGUAACCAGUGUGAUAUGAACAGUAUUAAAUAUAAUUUAACUAGAAUUUCGGCAAAGAUCUUUCCUACUAUUUAUAAUCCCUUUUUAAAAAUAUAAGAAAGCCUAUACAGGAAAUAAAACUAACCCUAAACUACAGUGUGAGAAAGUGUGUAUCGAUAACUAGACUGUAUUUCUGAAGAUGCAAACAAAAUUAUUUAUACACUGAGGAAAAUUUGUCAAUUAAAAAAAGAGGGUAAUGCCAGAUUUUUGUAUACUAUUUAUAGUAUGAUUUAUUUUUUGAAUAACUGAAGAUUUAUUUUUCAGUAAGUUUGCCUUUUUAGUUUUAAGAUUUAAAUGGGCAAUUGUGUUGGUUACUUUACAUAAGCAAGCAAUAUUUACUAAUUCAAUCACCUCUUUUGUCUUUAUAUUAAUAUCAAAGGUAAUGUGUAAUGAUAGUGCUUUUCAGAAAUCAAACUGGAGCUAUAAAAUAUGUGCAAGACUUUUUUUUUUUGUAUAUACCAUAGUAUAAAAAGUAAAUAACAAUCUGAUAUGGUCUUAUCUGUUUAACUGUAGGCAGUAGUUACACUCAGUGACACUCAGUUUUAUUUGAGGUAUUAUUCAAUCACUGUCAAUAGAAAAUAGUUCAGUUACUGUAUCACAAAUAAAAAGCACUAUGAAAAAAAGGAGUGAUUUGAAAAUACCAAACCCUGAAGAUUUUUAACAUGCUUUGACUUCUGCCCGGUGUAUAAUCUCUAUUUAAUUCAUUGUUGUGCUCCUGGAGCUGUGUCAGUGUACUUGAUGAAUCAGGUCUAAUGUCAAUUACUUUCUUGUUUGUUUGUUUUAGUUAUAAUUUUAUUGUGUAAAUAUGAACACAUUAACAAGUGUGCUGCUGCCUAAACCUUGAUGAAUGUUAAAACUUGAACGACUACUAAAUAAAUGUGCUGUUGCUUGUUGAGUGAACUCUUGCGUUUUUGUUAUUAGUAAAUCUGGAUUUGGUCUGUCAGCGUUAUAUAAAGAUUACAGAGACAGGACACUGACUCAUUCAGAAUUGUUAUAACUCAGUGCUUUAUUAAUUUUUUUAAAAAUAACCGUUUUGUUUAAUACGUUGAAAAUACACAUCAAAUGAUUCUUAUCAUAUGAGUAACAAGUUAGCAUAGCUCUUAGUGAAGGAAUCACUGGACUAACCUAAUACCUUGUUUUAAAAUCCUCUAAUGACAGAAGACCGAUAUAUUGUGCUUGUUGCAAUUGAGAACAUUUUAAAACCAAAACUGCAGUCUAUGUGGAAGAGCUCAAUUUGUUGCCUUUCAAACUGUCCUGUACUGUCAGUACGUAACUUUUAGUUCAUUGUAAUUCACCCAGUGUUUUUAACUGACAGUGUUGGACAUUUAAUGCAGUGCUAUUAACAUUAAAUACAUGCAAUGAGUGAUAAUAGUUUUCAUUAUUUGGUCCUUUUUAAAAACUGCUAUAAGGAUAGUGACACCAUAAUUACAAUUCAGUCUUAAUUACAAUUCAGUCUUAAGGUAUGUUGUUUGUUAUUAGUUUUGUUGAAAUAAAUGUUUUUUUCCAUCACAAAAUGUUCUAUUGACACACUCAACUGUGCGCUGUAGAUAUUAUUUGAGGUUUUAUAUAUAUAUAUAUAUAUAUAUAUCCCACUACUACUUUGUGGUAGUGACAUUGUCCCGGCUUCCUUUAUGAGUUUUCCUGAUACAAAACCGACCAGUGGUAGGAACAGCCUUUUCUGGCUGCCUUGUACUGCAGGCAUAUGAAGCCCUUCCCAGUAACCCUUGCUAUGCCAAGUUGCUUUUUUGACAUCAUACUAUCAACCUAAUAUAAUAUUGCAGAUAGAAACAAAGGGUGUUAAAUAAUGAUGCUAAAAGCUUGCUUAGCAGUUCCAAAACCCAGCUCUAACAACCUUGGGCUAAGUUGACUUUCAUGGUUCACAGAAGCUUGCAGCAGUUUAACAUACUGUACAGCUGGUUGCAUGUUGACACA